AUGACUUUUUGCCCAGCUCCUUUUCUUGAUAUCAAUUUUGGAGCAAGAGAGCUUUUUCACGGCUCUUGUUUUGUGCUUUUUCCAAAAGUGGACUUUUUUACAGCCUCUGAAAAUUGUUCCAAAAUCAAUGGCACACUUCCCGUCUUCCUCGCUCAUGAGAAAAAUUGGUUUCUGAAAGCUUCACUCAGCGCGCCGAGAAAAAAAGACCUCGGUCUCGAAAAGCUUUGGCUCGGGUACUCGGAUCAUGAAGACGAAGGAAACUGGGUCGAUCGACACGGAAAUGCCCUUGAAAUAGACAAUUGGGGAUCGUGGGAGGGAGAGCCUUUGCCAGACAACGACGUUUUCGAGUCGGAAACGCAGGAUUUUCUCGUCGUGAAUCUUCAACAACAGCCGACGAAGCUUGACGAUGACUUCAAAAUACGAGAGCGGUAUUCUUUCUGCCAAACUCAUCGCGAAGAUCCAAAGGCCAUUCGCGCUCCUGUUGAUUUUCCCCCGAAAAUCGGGCGAUUUGAGAAUUGGGAGAAAAUUGAAGAGUUUCGAAGCUCAAUGGCGGUUAUGAGCGCUGUUUUCUUGAGCUUGGAGUCUUCAGAAGACAUCACCAAAAUGCUCAAAGUUCAAGAAGCACUAGAAAUUCAGCUAUCAAACAAUAAAGGGGUCGAGAUCGAAGAAAUCUUCAAAGAAAUAUCACGAGAAAACGGGACGGACUUUUUGAAUCUCAUCGCUUUCAUUGGUCAAAAAUCUGGGGUGGAGGACUCAGAUUUGAUGAAAGCGAUAAUGACGAAUGAAAACGUCGACCUCGAAGCUUUUUCUGAAGAAUUGAAAGAAACUCAGGAUGAAAAUUUUCAUCUGAUUCAAAGUGAAAAUCAAACUGAAGAAAAUUUUGAUCCGCAUCAAAAUCAAAUUGAGGAAGAAGCAAUUUAUCCUCAAGAAUCCUCCUUCGAGAUCAUCGCUGGUUGUAGAACCCCCUUUGUCCCAAUCUCUGACUCCUCCUGUGGGCAUAUUCUUCCCGCAGACAACAAAGAAAAUGUAGAAAACACCUGUUCAAAACUUCAUAAUUCAACUUUGCCGAUGCCGACAACUUUUGAAGAAAACUACGCUUUGAGUAGUUUCAUGCCCGUGAACAACAAUACUGGUUUCAAUGAAAAAUUUUGGCUAGGAGUUCAUCUUGAUGAUGGAAAAUGGAGAAGGAUGGAUGGAAAAUCGAUUCAGUUCUUGCUCUGGGCGGCGAUGCCAGAUUUCGACGAGGAGAAAAGAUGUGUUUCAGUGAAUAAUGAUUCACUUCCUCUUUGGGCGCCGGAGAAUUGUUCAAAUUUGAUCAUGGGGCUUUGCAUUCUUCCACGCGAAAAUUCAACAAUUCUAGAGCCAACGAUUUCUUCUCAAAUCAUAAAUUAUGAUGUGAGCAAACAUCCUUCAAUCGAAAUCAGUUUCAAGAUCGACGCUGAUAUCAAUUUUAAUUUCAACCUCAAUGAAAAAAAUAUUGAAAGUUCUUCAAGCUCAACUAGCACUAAAAUUUCUUCAGCAAUUCUUCUUCUGUUCAUUUUUUUUAUAAUGUGUGAAUAA